AUGUUCAAGCCACAGUUCGCACGAGAACAGAUUAAUAACCUCCGAGAGACAGAAGUGGCCGUUCAAGAACUGUUUAGAGCUGUGCAUCUCAUUGGUGUAGACAGCGAAAAUGGCGAUAGCGUCGAGGUUGACCUAUUGCCAAUGUUCUACCGCUUCACCAUGGACACAGCUACCAAGUUCCUUUUUGGCGAGAGCGUGAACACGCAAAUCAGCGCCGCCACGGGAGACUCCGGGAAGCUUACAAGUGCCGCGAGCUCACUUGCCGCCGAAUUUGGUCCUGGAAUGGACUUUGCCGAUGCUCUUUCCGAGGCGCAGCUGUGGAUCACGCAACGCAUCCGUCUCCAGGGCCUUCACUGGCUGCUACCCGGCAAGCGAGGUCGCACGGCUAACGCCUUUGUGCGCAAGUACGCCGCCCAUUACGUCCAGCUAGCACUAAAAGCUGCCAAUGACAACAAAAGAUCAACGAUGGUAUCGUCGUCUGCGGGCUACAGCCUUCUCGAGGCCCUCAUUGAGUCCACACGGGAUCCAGACGAACUCCGUGACCAGAUACUGGGCUUGCUUCUUGCUGGCCGAGACACCACGGCCUCACUACUGUCCUGGACGGUACUGCUCCUGGCACGUCAUCCGGACAAAUUUGCCAAGCUCCGUGCCGCCGCGUUGGAACACUUCGGCCCGUAUACUGCAGAUACGUCCAACAUCACCUUCGAGACGCUUAAGUCGUGCCGAUACCUGCAGCUCACCCUGCGUGAGGCCUUGCGUCUGUACGAUCCAAGCCCGGCCAAUGUCCGCUUCGCGGCUCGCGAUACAACACUUCCUCGCGGAGGGGGGCCGGAUGGCAAAACGCCCAUCUUCGUUCCCAAAGGCAAAACUGUCAGCUUCGUCCUGCAUCUGUUACACAGGCGCAAAGAUCUGUGGGGCCUGGACGCCGAUGAGUUUAAGCCGGAACGGUGGGAAAAGAAGAAGAUGGAUUGGAACUUUGUGCCGUUUAGUGGCGGACCUCGUAUCUGCCUCGGCCAGCAAUAUGCCCUGACGGAGGCUGGCUACUUGAUUGUGCGGAUGCUCCAAAGGUUUGAGAAAAUCGAUUGGCUUGGUGGGGCAGGCGAGCCAAGAAAGACGAUCACAUUCACGAUGCAGCCCAGGGACGGGGUUCCUGUGCGACUCACGUACGCAAAGGUAGGGGCCUCUUAA